CCGACGAGUCGUCUCCUCCGCGACAAAAAUCAAAAUCCUUUUCUUCUUUAUUUAUUUUUUCUCCAUCUCUCUCUCUCUCUCUCUCUCUCUAAACCCUAGAAACCAGAAAAAACCCUUGAUCUCACCACCAUCAUGAAGAGCAAGAAGCCAUUAAAGCAGCUGAAGCUCUCCGUUCCCGCUCAAGAAACCCCCAUCACCAAUUUCCUGACUGCAAGCGGUACAUUCCAGGACGGCGAUCUGCUCCUAAAUCAGAAAGGUUUGCGCCUGAUCUCUGAAGAAAAGGAAGCUCGUCCAUCAGAUGCUAAAGAGGUCGAUCUUCAAUUCUCAUUGGAAGACCUUGAGACCAUCAAAGUCAUUGGGAAGGGAAGUGGUGGUGUUGUUCAACUUGUUCGCCAUAAAUGGGUAGGCAAGUUGUUUGCAUUGAAGGUUAUCCAGAUGAACAUUCAGGAGACUAUUCGUAAACAGAUAGUCCAAGAGCUGAAAAUUAAUCAGGGAUCACAGUGUCCACAUGUGGUUGUUUGCUACCACUCUUUCUACCAUAACGGUGUUAUUUCUCUUGUCCUGGAAUACAUGGAUUGUGGGUCUCUAGCAGAUAUACUCAAACAAGUGAAAAUAAUACUCGAGCCCUAUCUUGCGGUUGUUUGUAAGCAGGUUUUGAAGGGUCUGGUAUAUUUACACCAUGAAAGACACGUAAUUCACAGGGAUAUCAAGCCCUCCAAUUUGUUGGUAAAUCAUAAAGGAGAAGUAAAAAUAACUGAUUUUGGAGUGAGUGCCGUUGCCAGCUCCAUGGGUCAGCGGGAUACAUUUGUUGGGACUUACAACUACAUGUCGCCUGAGCGGAUUAGAGGAAACACAUAUGACUAUAGUAGUGAUAUUUGGAGCUUGGGCAUGGUAGUACUUGAGUGUGCUAUAGGUCAUUUUCCUUAUAUACCAUCCGAACAAGAAGAAGGCUGGCUGAGCUUCUAUGAACUUCUAGAGACCAUUGUGGAGCAACCACCCCCUUCUGCCCCUCCAGAUCAAUUCUCACCAGAGUUCUGUUCAUUUAUUUCUUCAUGUAUACAAAAGGACCCUCGAGACAGAAUGUCGUCAUUGGACCUUCUGGGUCAUCCUUUCAUUAAAAAAUUUGAGGACAAGGACGUCGACCUCGGAAUCCUGAUGGACAGCUUAGAACCGUCUGUAGAUUCUGCGAGGUAGCAACAGUUUUUCAUCGCAAUGAAGUAGCUGGUGUGAAAAAUUCUAUGGCAUAUCUACAGUGACAGUCUUCUAAUUUGGGAAGGGUGGUCAUGAAGAGUUUGAUUUUGCCCACUCUCUACUAUUACAUAAAUUGUGAUGUAGAUGCCUUCCGGCUUGCCAUCAGCCAAGGUUCCUGAAUUUUCAAUUCAAUCCUCCGAUGGAGGCGAGAGAACUUUGAAUUUUGCGAAUCAGGUAUGCUGUCCUAAAAGGUAAUGGAUCUUGAUGUAAUCUGGGCACCUGAAACACCAAAAAGAGGAUAUGCAACUUACAUACUUGUAAUGAAAAUGGUGAGAAUUGAAUUACAUUUGAGUCUGUUUCUUGAA